CGCAGGGGCUGCUGGGCCGGGGGACGGGGGCGUGCGGCGAGCGAGCGCCGGAGCGGGAGCGGGAGCGGCGCGGCGGCCUGGGAGAUGUGGCGGCCGUCACAGCUCUGCAGCUUCCACUCUGCCCUGCUGCACAGCAGGUGGAACCCCUGGCGGUGCCCCCCUGCCUUCCCCAGGAGAAACCUCAGGGUCCUGCCCGCAAGUUGGUCCUUCAGAUCCCAGCCCCUAUGGAGGAAGGCGCUCUCUGCCACGAUGCUGGGGGUACCCCUGCUACUUGGGGCCCGCUAUUUCACAGCAGAGCCUCAGGAGAAGAGAAGGAUGAGGCUCGUAGUGGAUGGCGUGGGGCGCUUCAGCAGGUCUCUGAGGAUAGGCCUACAGAUCUCCCUGGACUACUGGUGGUGUGCAAACGUCGUCCUGCGCGGGGUGGAAGAGAACAGCCCGGGGUACUUGGAGGUGAUGUCUGCAUGUCACCAGCGGGCGGCUGAUGCCCUGGUCGCCGGGGCCAUCAGCAAUGGGGGCCUCUACGUGAAGCUGGGCCAGGGGCUGUGCUCCUUCAACCACCUGCUGCCCCCGGAGUAUAUCAGGACUCUGCGUGUGCUGGAGGACAGGGCCCUCACGCGCAGGCUCCAGGAGGUGGACGAGCUGUUCCUCGAGGACUUCCAGGCCCUGCCCCACAAGCUCUUUCGGGAGUUCGACUAUCAGCCCAUCGCCGCCGCGAGCCUGGCCCAGGUGCACCGAGCCAAGCUGCACGACGGCACGGAGGUGGCUGUGAAGGUGCAGUACAUCGAUCUGCGGGACCGCUUUCACGGCGACAUCCACACCCUGGAGCUCCUGCUCCAGCUCAUCGAGUUCAUGCACCCCAGCUUCGGCUUCAGCUGGGUCCUCCAGGACCUGAAGGGCACCCUGGCCCAGGAGCUGGACUUCGAGAACGAGGGCCGAAAUGCCGAGCGCUGUGCCCGGGAGCUGCAGCACUUCCGCUAUAUCGUGGUCCCCCGCGUGCACUGGGACACGUCCAGCAAGCGUGUGCUGACGGCUGAAUUCUGCGAGGGCUGCAAGGUCAGCGAUGUGGAGGCCAUCAAGUGCAUGGGGCUGGCGGUGAAGGAUAUCGCAGAGAAGCUCAUCCAGGCUUUUGCGGAGCAGAUAUUUUAUACAGGCUUCAUCCACUCGGACCCCCACCCUGGCAAUGUUCUGGUGCGGAAAGGCCCCGACGGGAAGGCCCAGCUGGUGCUGCUGGACCAUGGGCUCUACCAGUUUCUGGACAGGAAGGACCGCUCAGCCCUGUGCCAGCUGUGGAGGGCCAUCGUUCUCAGGGACGACGCCGCCAUGAGGACACACGCAGAGGCGCUCGGAGUGCGAGACUACUUGCUCUUCUCCGAGGUGCUCAUGCAGCGGCCCGUACGCCUGGGGCAGCUGUGGGGCUCCCACCUGCUCAGCCGGGAGGAGGCGGCCUACAUGCAGACCAUGGCACAGGAGCACUUUGAGGACAUCAUGGGGGUGCUCAAGGCCCUGCCGCGGCCCAUGCUGCUCGUGCUGCGCAACAUCAACACCGUGCGUGCCAUCAACACCGCGCUGGGCACCCCUGUGGACCGCUACUUCCUCAUGGCCAAGAGUGCGGUCAGGGGCUGGAGCCGCCUGGCAGGUGCCGCGUACCAGAGCCUCUACGGUGCCAGCCUCCUGCGCCACAUCAGGGUCAUCUGGGAGACGUUCAAGUUUGAAGUGGCCCUGAGGCUGGAGACCCUAUCUAUGCGGCUCACCGCCCUCCUGGUUCGGCUCUUGGUCCACCUGGGCCUCCUGCCUGAGACCCGGGGGCUCUCCGAGUAUUUGGAGACCUAGGGAGCCCCGGGGGCAAGAGGGCCUCCGAGCUCAUCUGCGUCGGACCGACAGAGCUGGCCAGGCCUGCAAGUGCACACGCCCUGGGACCUGGGGCGCCGAAGCAGCUGGGGCCUAGGGUUGGGGGCAGAGGGGGACACCAUGGGGCUCUGAGGCCCAACAAUGACCACAAGCUCUUCU